AUGGCCUCAACAACAGAAGCGUACUCGCGCUUCUCAGCUUCACGGCGCCCGAGCGAAGGAUCAACAACAUCGGCGCGCAGCACCACCACCCAGCCAAACAAUGCCGACACGGGCCGCCAAGACCCUGACGACAUCCAAUUCGCCGCCCAGUGGCUUGCGCAGCAGCAGCAGCAGCAACAACAACAACAUCAACAUCAACAGCACAACGGUCAGCUCAGACAGAUCGCCCCGGCGCCGCGACCUCCCACUCCCGAGUAUGUCCUCGCCGCCAACUCCCUCCCGGUCCAGUCCACCCGCGACUACUCGGGAGAGCCUGCGAUGCACAAUGGCAUGGGCUCUCAGUUCCACUUCCAACCCCAGCCCCAGAUGGUCCGACAGUCGCACUCCGUGGACACAUUCAUGCCCACCAACGGUCACCCCGGUCACCCCGGCCACCCCGGCCUCGCGAGCCAGAUGAUGGAUCGAAAUGAUAGCCCGGCCCCAGACUCAGGACUCGAGAUGGGCCCCGCUCCCAACAGGUCAAGGUCAAAUACGAACAAUGACCAGGAGAUGCGCGAGUUGUUCACGAGGAAUAGUCACCGAUCGUUGCAGGAUGUGGCAACGGAGCUUCAUGGCAACGAGCGCGGCCCCAGCAGCGAGCGGAGCCGACAACUGUUCGCCAUGCUUUGGAUCAAAUCGGCCUGUCGAAAAGGCAAGACUUCUGUGCCUCGCAGUCGCGUAUAUGCUAGUUACGUCAAGCGGUGCGCGCACGAGAAGAUUGCUGUCCUGAACCCCGCCAGUUUCGGAAAGCUUGUCAGGGUAUUGUAUCCGGGACUCAGGACACGGCGUCUUGGUGUCCGCGGAGAAUCCAAGUAUCAUUAUGUUGACUUCGAGUUGAUCGAUGAAGACAUGGAUCUCGACGAAGUACCGAGCCAGGCCCCCGCUUCUGUCACGUCAGGACCAAGUUUUGCAGAGAGCAUCAAGAUGGGCAAUACGACGAGGCCCUCAACAGCUGCAGGACUCGAAAAGCCUUCUCUCUCCCCGGUCCAGGAUGGCCUUAUCGACAGUGUUAGGAACGAAGCCCCAAGAGCCGGCGGAUCACAUCAGCACCAGCAUGCUAUAUACAACAACCCACAGGUUCAGACAACAGCAGAGCUCGGCGUCACCGGGAGCCGAACCUCCAAGAUCCUCUCGCUGCGGUUGGAAGACACAUCACAAACACCAGCGCGUCUUACUCUGCCAGCCAUCGAGCCAUAUCUUCCUCAGGGUACAGACAUUGACGCUGCAAAGUCCCUGGAGGCCCUCUAUCUGUCGCAUUGUACUUCUUUGAUUGAGUGCAUACGGUUUUGCAAGGAGAAGAAUUUCUUCCAUCUCUUCACUGCGUUCCACGGGACUCUGACGGUACCAGUACAGAAGCUGCUUGCCAAUCCCGCCCUGGAGACAUGGAUUGAGCAGUGUGAUCUCAGAAUGUAUCAAAACAUGAUGCAGAUUGUUUCUGUCGUUGCCUUGCAGGUUAUCCCCCCGUACGGCCUGCAGAGCCUGCGCAACAUUUCGGAGAAGCUGGUGUCUCACAUCCGAAAAUCAUUUGAAGGCCAGCCCUACCACAUAUUCAGAGCCAAGGAGGCCCCCGCCGCGCUUUUCGCUGAUCUGCUGGACCGGGCGCUGAGGGUCAACACGACGGCACAUGCCACCGCCAACUUCCUGCACAACCACGCAAACCGCACACAGAUGUAUCUCGACUUUAUAUCAUUUGUACGGCCCAGGAAGAUCGCACAAUGCGUGCCUGUGGAAGGCAUGGAGGAUGUUGUGCAGCUACUCGUCGCAGACAUCCGGCAGCUGCUCGACCCGAGGGAAGUGCCGUGGGACCUCGAGCGUUGCACCGUACAGGGAGACUACCACAUGCAAAACCCGAAGCCAGAGGAGCCGGAGAGCCAAGACUGGUCGAGCUCGGCCAACAUUCUCGACCGCUGGGUAGACUUCCUGCGCACCCUCUCGAGUCGGUUCCCGUAUGCCUCGGCUGCAGACAUUGUUCUUUUUGUGCAGACCAUCGGCACGACGAUGGUGCGAGACCUGACGAUCAGCAGCGCCGACAGCUUCGGAGCUUGGUGGUGCCUCAAGUGCUUCCUGGACGAGAUGGUCUGGUUCCUGGCCGAGAAGGGCGGGUUCAUGAAACAGAACAGCACAAAAGCCGUCGGGCCCACGAAGAGGAAGCAGGAAGACGAUCCCAUGGGGAACGAGAAGCGGAAGAGCAUGCGUUACAGCAGCGGCAGCGGCAGCAGCGACGACGCGAUACUGGCGCUCAUCGAGAGCACGCAGCCAGGGUUGGGCAGCGGCCCCCAGAAUGGGGACCAGCACGCUGUGCUCGACGUGAGCACGGCCAAUUACGAUGAUAGCGGCAUCUCGCUUCGGAUGUCAGGGGAAGACUCGCCCAUGAGCAAGUUCACCUCGCACUUGGACAGCCAGAGGGUGCAUGAGGGCAGCCAGAACACCACGAACGGGCUGGGUUGA